AUGAUGGCACCACUUCUCGACGCGCGAAAUAUCAGCAAGCAGUUCUCCGGCGUGCCGGUUCUGAAAGGCAUUGAUUUCACGCUGCUUGCGGGCCAGGUGCACGCCCUGAUGGGCGGGAACGGCGCGGGAAAAUCGACGCUGAUGAAGAUCAUCGCCGGGGUGGAAACGCCGGACAGCGGAGCCGCUGCUGUUCCCCAACCUGACGGUGCGGAAAACAUCCUGUUCCGCCUGCCGCGCGAACGCAGUCUGGAAAAGCGGCUGGCGGAGAAGCUCCAGCAGCUGCAGUGCCCGCUUAACCUCGACGCCGCCGCCAGCACCACGGAAGUGGCGGAUCAGCAGAUGGUGGAGAUCCUGCGCGGCCUGAUGCGCAACGCCGGGAUCCUGAUCCUCGACGAACCCACGGCCUCCCUCACGCCGGGCGAAACCGAGCGGCUGUUUCGCCAGAUCCGCGCCCUGCAGGCACUCGGCGUCGGGAUUGUUUUUAUCUCGCACAAGCUGCCGGAAAUUCGCCAGUUGGCGAGCCACGUCUCGGUGAUGCGCGACGGCGCGGUCGUACUGAGCGGCGAAACCGCGCAGUUUGACGACAGCGCCCUGAUCGCCGCCAUGACGCCGGUAAGCCGCGAUAAAUCUCUCAGCGAUACGCAGAAGCUGUGGCUGGCGCUGCCGGGCAACCGCCGCACUCAGCCGCAGGAUUUCCCGGUGCUGCGGGUGGACGAUCUCACCGGGGAGGGGUUUAUCGAUCUCAGCCUUGGGAUCUACGCCGGGGAGAUCAACCGGGAGAUCACCGGCGAUCCGGUCAGUUCACGCACGGAGAAAGGGCUGGUCUACCUGCCGGAAGACCGGCAGGUGUCCGGCCUAUUCCUCGACGCGCCGAUCCGCUGGAACACCGUGGCGCUGAACGAACCGUCUCUCUGGCAGCAGCGCAAGCGAGAGUCUGCGGUGGUGGAGCGUUACCACCGGGCGCUGGGGAUCAAGCUUAACCAUGCGGAUCAAACCGUACGCACGCUCUCCGGCGGUAACCAGCAGAAGGUGCUGCUGGCGCGCUGCCCAGGAGGCCAAUCGCUUUACUGCUGA